AUGGCGGACUUCCUAUGGUCAAAACCGCUGCCUCCCAGGCGAAGAAGAUCAGAGCUUAACCUGAGCAAUCUGCCCCCAGAUGAAGAAGAAUCUGCUGUACACCUCGGUGUUCCAUCUAUCCGAUCACGCCAGUGGAGGCCCAUCCCCCGCAUUGCGAGUCUCGAUGUUCUGAGUGCUGCUAGGUUGGGAACGAGUAACUGCCCAAGCAUCAGAUCAGACGGCUCGCAGUCGUCCUCUCAUCGGCUGUCGCCAUCACCAGCAGAGCCAACCGAGCCAGCCGAGACAGUAUGGUAUCAAGAGCGAGAUGAGACAGAACGUGCCCUGUCUCUGGAGCAGAUGAUCAAUGCUCUACACUACACGAUGAUGACCAAGAACGUCCUCGAUCCGGUUCCCAGAGAGUAUAACUCUUACAUCUUGCAUUUGUUGGAGGGCUAUUGGGACCUGCAGGAGCGGCUGAAGAAGACAGAGCAGGAGCUCGCAGAGGAAAAGGAGACAAAGUUGAAGAGUCUCGAAGAAUUCACGAAGAUGUCUGAGGAAUGGGAGGUGAAAGAGGCCGACUUCCGCGCUGAGAUUAAACGCAUGGAACUCGUCCUCGUCGAUGUAGCCCCUGCAGGUGUCGGUGCAGUGGUCCUGGCCAGGUCUGGCAGUCUCGUCGACAGAAGCGCAAGAUCCUCUCGACUCUUCAAGGCCAGGAUCGAGAAGGCCAAGGAGAGUCCCCAGAAAGGCGAUGACAGCCCCAACAAGGCUGACAGCCUGGAUAAUCCACGGGUCUCCGUGGGCUCUGGAAGUCCCCGCCUGAACCACCGAACCUUCUUGUCAAUGCAAGUUAAUCUGGAUGACAACGCCGAUGUUGAACUGAGCAAGGGGCUGAGAAAGGCUGAGCGACGACAGCAACGGGCCUCGAAACGAGGGAAGAAGAAGCGCCUCUUCCCGCCGGUCAACGUGGCAUGGGACAGUUCAGAGGAGGAGGAAGCGUACAAGUCAGCAUCGGUUCAGGAGAAAGCCAAGUUGUCUGGCUUGGAGUCUACCAAGUCUCGACUAUCACGUCGAGCAGCACAAACGGCGCAGAGCAUCACCCCCGAAUCGUCCGCAAUGAAAACCGCCGCAACCGGAACGAUUGAGCAUGACGAUGCACAUUAUCGGCAUGAUAGCACACCCGGUGCCGGCAUGGAUUCGGCCGCGACGGUCAUACGGACAGAUGAGCGGCCGAUGGGUACUGACCCGGAUGGCAUGACGGCCACGACUGCCCGUAGAACCUCAGGGGUCCGCCGCCACAGGAGAGACUUCUCUUUCGAUGCUGGAGAAGAUAGGGUCCAGCUGCAAGCCCUGGCAGGCACUACUAACUUUGCCUACGGAAACGAUGGCUACUUAUGCGGCCCCGGGGCUUUCCCUCUCGAGCGCCCCCUUUCGUCGGACAAACAAGCUUCGAUGGCAUCAGUCACUGCAGGGCUUUCGAAUCAGCGAGACCAGAUACUUCACGGCGAUACACAGGAGUCGCUAGGCAAAGGCAAAGCCAAUACCCUCGGAACCCGCUCUGAGGAAGAGCAAAUUGGUGCAGAAGGCGGCAGGCUGGCCACAAGACCUAGCCUCCUAGAUAGACGGCGAAGCUCCCGCUCCCACAAAUCGUCCCACGAGUCCUCGAGCAAUAACCAGAGAACCUCCAGCGAUGAGGCCAGUGGACACGGCAGAACCAGCUCAACGGAACGAAGUACGACACACGCGAAUCAAGCACAGAUAGCAGCAAAGGAGGCAUUGAAGCGGGUGGGGUCCAGAGGCUAG